AUGAUUACCAACAAGUUGGCUAUUGGCAGUCUGUCCUUGGGCCAGCACCCUUCUCAUGCUCUGGAUCAUAAAAUUCGGAUUGCAGCCCAAGCAGGAUUUGCCGGGAUCGAGAUAGUCUUUUCAGACCUGGAAAGAUUCUCUCAACCCAAAGGUCUAUCUAUUUUCGAAGGCGCAAGCAGAAUAAAGGCGAUCUGUGAUAAAAAUGGUCUAAGCAUCCUAUCGUUGGCCCCCUUCGAGAAUUACGAGGGAGACCGCUCGCCAUUGAUCGAUAGGCUACGGAAGGCCACACAAUGGGUCGAAGUUGCUAGAAUACUACAUGCGCCAUUCUUGCAAGUUCCUGCUCAAUAUGGCAUUGAUGCUAUUGGUGACGAAGGCGUCAUUAUAAGUGAACUACGGCAACUAUGUGACCUGGCAAGCUCCAAACAACCACUUGUCUCAAUCGCUUAUGAACCCAUGUCUUGGUCGACCUAUUAUUCCACAUGGGAGUCUUCAUUGAAGCUCGUUGAAUUAGUCUCACGAGAUAACUUCGGCUUGUGUCUUGACACCUUCCAUAUCAUCACGAAGCUAUGGGCCGAUCCUUUCACGCCAUCGGGAACGUAUCCCAACGCAGAUGAUAUUUUGCGUGACUCGAUGAGUCGAUUCGUACGUGAUUUCCCACUGGACAAGAUCUUCUUCGUCCAAUUGUCCGACGGGGAGAGAUUCGAUCCUCCAUUCUCCAAGGAACACCCAUGGUAUUUGGAAGGCGAAGCUGCUCAAUUUACCUGGUCAAAACAUGCACGUCCAUUCCCGUAUGAGACCAAGCUGGGUGCAUAUAUGCCGGUUGCCGAGGUUGCAAGGGCGUGGAUUGUCGAGACGGGCUACAAGGGUUGGGUGUCUAUGGAGAUAUUCGAUCGUCGUAUGCGUGACAGGGAUAGCAAAGUGGAACAUGCUGCUAUGCGAGGCAUUGAAUCUUGGAAGAAACUGAAGCACGAGCUUGAUGCUACGCAGUCCAAGAUUUGA